AAGUGUCAUAGGAAGGUCAUGGCGAAACCACCUUGCAGAUAAUGAAGCAGAAUGUAAUAUAUGUAUAGGUGUAUGCUGCUACCAUUAGACAGCAGGUCUUUUGGCUUAUCUAUCUAGAUGUCUAACGAUGAUUUUAGGCCGCUGGACUCAGCGGAAAGCGACCGUGUCGAUCGAUCCGAUUUCGAGAUCCCUGAUGAAUGGACUUUCGACGGUUGGCUCGAGGAUUAUCCUGAAUCUGUCAUCUCAGGGCCAAUUCAGAUUCCUUUUGAUCAAGCUAAUGAAAUUAAUGAUUCUGCUGGCACUAGCAGCCUCCUUCAAGUACCUGGAGAAAAUGAAACUGUGAGGGAGAGGAGGGAAGUCAAAGGAAGAUAUGCAUUCAAGACGAAAACCGAGGUCGAGAUACUCGAUGAUGGAUACAGAUGGAGGAAAUAUGGGAAGAAAAUGGUGAAGAACAGCCCAAAUCCGAGGAACUACUAUCGAUGCUCAGUCGAAGGAUGCCCCGUGAAGAAAAGAGUCGAAAGAGAUAAGGACGAUCCGAGUUACGUAAUCACAACAUACGAGGGGAUCCACAAUCACCAAAGAGCUUCUUGAAUCAGUCGACUGUUCACUAUUACUAUCUCAGAGCCAACUCCUGCAGAAGGCCAACAUCAAUCUGCAAUGAUCACAUAGUCCGCGUAGAAUAUCAAAAAAGUCUCUGUCCAUUUCUAUCCAUGUAAGUAUCUGUAAGAAAAUCCAAGGACCAGACUACAAGAGCUUUGGCAGAACCCUGAGUUUCAAUUAUAAGUUGAUCCUAUAUAGUGUUAGCGGCACGAAGUCGGGGUCUGUUUUUAACUUGGGAGAACCGGUUGAGGUUGUUCAGAUCUGUUCGUUGAACACCUAAUGUAAUAUCUCUGAUAAUAAUCCAAAAUCGUCAAUAAAAUUAUAGACU